AUGGCUGCUACGAUAUUCUCAAACAUCUCACCGGAAGUAAACGUCACAACAAGUCCUCUCCCACCACGUGACCCAGAGAGCCAGCAGCUGAUCAGCCGAGAAUUCCGAGACAUGUUCGAAUAUGUCAUAGAACUCAUCAUGUUCUUCAUCAACUCCUUCGGGGUACUGGCGAACGCCGUGAACAUCCGGGUGUUUCUUCGCCAAGGAGUCGCCUCAGACACAACCACAAUCGGCCUGUUCUCGCUCGCUAUCUCCGACUUCAUGGGGUGUAUCUUCAUGCUGCCCCCGUCCACCUGCUUCUUCUUCAGGGAUCUCGAUUUCGUCGACUUCCGAAACUGCACGGGCUACACAGCGAUGACGUGCCACUACGCACACAUCAUCUUCUCACGCAUCACUUGCUGGCUCACGGUUUACAUCUCGAUAGAACGCACGCUGUGUGUUCUUUUUCCUCUGAAGGUUAAAUUCCUCCUCCGUCCCAAGCUGACGAAGCGAGUGGUCAUCACUAUCUACGUGUUUUGGAUCAUCUUCCACCUCCCGUACGCUACUAACACCUACAUGGUUCCAGAAUUUUCCCCAGUUUAUAACGCAAGCAUCGUACAGAUCAAAGAGACAUCGAUAGCCCAGACGUUUCUGUAUAUCAACCUUCUCCUGGCGACCACCAUCCUCACCACUAUAGCUAUGAUUGUCGUAGCCAUCAACACAGCCAUCUUACUCAACAAGCUAAAGUCCGCCAGUAAGUGGCGUCGCGAGGUCACCUCUGCCGCCUCACUGUCGUCGUCGUCCGCCCAUCCUCCAGUCACUUCCUCCAAAAGGUCCGGGUUCAAACCUGUGUCUAGCAAGGAGAAGGAAGUGGUCAGUACGGUGACCAGCAUCACCGCCAUCUACCUGGCGGGCAGCCAUAUUCCCGCCAUCGCCACGGUGAGCGUCCCUGGUCUGUCCUUGUCCGGCAGCAACAGCCACCUGUUCUACACGCUGUACUACUGCAAGUACUUCAUGGACUCUCUCAGCUCCUCCGUCAACAUCUUCUUCUACCUCAGACUCAGCUCCAGGUACAAGGCCGCCUUCUUCCACAUCUACUUCCCCAACUCACUGGAGCUUCAAGGAAUGGACGCCAAGUAG